AUGGGGAAGGCGGGACUUCCGGCGUCGGUUGCUAAGACAAGCACGUUUCCUUUCCUUAACAACCGCAGGGAGGCUGGUAUUUGGGGCUCCGGGUCGAGGUGACUCAGCAUCGGAAUACCCUGCUUCUGCAAAACUGUUCAGACUGAAUUCUAAAAGGUCCUAGCCUUUUCUCAGUCUGCCCUUGAUUGGUUCCCUCCAGGCUGUUCUGCCCCUUCCCAGGGUCACAGUGGACAGACAAUGGCAGACACUGGGGAGGGGAAAAAAGAGGAGGCGGACUAUAAGAGACUUCACAGCUUUCCACUGAUCAGGCACACAGACAUGCCAGAGGAGAUGCGAGUAGAGACCAUGGAGUUGUGUGUCACUGCAUGUGAGAAAUACUCCACCAAUAAUGAGAGUGCUGCCAAGAUGAUCAAAGAGACAAUGGACAAGAAGUUUGGCUCCUCCUGGCAUGUCGUGAUUGGGGAGGGCUUUGGUUUCGAGAUCACCCAUGAGGUGAAGAAUCUGCUGUACAUGUUCUUUGGAGGCAGUCUUGCUGUUUGCGUUUGGAAGUGCUCCUGACAUACUCCAUCUCUCUCUCUCUCUCUGUCUCUCUCUUUUCAAGCUCACCACAUUCAGGAGAUUUCCCCCCAGACUUUGCAUUGGUUUUUGUACAAUUUAAAGGGCAGGCUUAUUUUUAAUAAUAAAAUAUUGAGCUUUUUCUUAUUUAUAUACCAGCUUUAUGACAAAUACUGAGUGUGUGCGUGAGUGUAAGUAAAUAUGUUUGAGCUACUUAAUCCAGCUCAUAGAGUGUUUGACUCUGAUUUUACCAAUGUGGCUUUUUGCUUAGAGGUGGGGAUCAGGGGAUGGUGACUGCAAGUCACAGUUUAUGAAGCCAUACGUUGCAGAGAGAGCAUGAAGAGUUUGAAUCCAAACUUCCUGUUGCUUCUCCUUGCUAUCUCUUCCCACUUUCUGGGAGAAGACCAGAAAAAGGCAGCUGAUUUCUCUUUGCCCAGAUGACAGCUGCCUGGUUGUCAGAAGUGUGUGUGCCAGCUUGAAAAACCUGACCCAGUGGACGGUUGCUAGGAUAAUUGCCCUUCCACCUCCUCACUACACCUACAGAGCACUGAUAUAGCUUGUAAAGCGUUUGGCACACAAAUAAGACUAUUUUGCAUAGCAUGUGGGAUGGGGUGGGAGUGUCACGAUGCCAAUAUGUUGUAUCUUGUUCAGAAACUGAUCGUGGGAAGAAGCUCUGCCUGAGCUGCCAGUUUCUCAAAACUUUUAAGUACAAUUGUACUUCCAUUUUGUAGAGUCUAAUGAUGCUGUCACAAGGGUGUUGAUUAAUGGUCCUUGUUGUAUUUUCUAUAUAGUCUAUUUGAAUUUGGAGUGUGAAGGGGACUUACUUUUUACAAUAAACUUUUUUUAAAUGCA